GGAAGAAAAAGCAACAAAGGCAGCAGAGCAAGAUAAACCAAAGAUGAAACAUGCAAAUCCUGGAAAAGAGAAAGAAUUGAAAUAUUCAGCUGCUAUCAAGGAUAAAGAACAUGCUAAAGAAAAGGAAGGAAAGAAUCCUACAGCUCUAAAAGAUAAAGAAUCACUGAAAGGAAAAAAUCCCAAGAAUCCAGAAGGGUCAAAGGAAAAAGAGACUGGUAAAAGAAAAGAUGUGAUGGCUCCAACAGUCUUAAAGGAAAAGGAUUCUUCAAAAGGAAAGGAAAUGAAAGUCCCAGCUAUGACAAAGGAUAAAGCUGCGGUGAAGAAGCAAGAGGAGAAGAAAGGCACUUCAGAGAAACCUCACGAACACAAGCAUGAACAUAUUAAACAUGAAAAAUCAAUCUCUCACACUAAGCCAGAGGAGAAAAUUAAACAACAAAAGACAGCUCCCACUGAGAAAUCAGUCCAGGCAAAGCCAGCAAAGCAUGAAGCAGUCAGGCAUGAAAAAGAUGUUCCACAUACAAAGCCAGUCAAACUGAAAACAACUGCAAAGUCAACAGGUGAAAUCUCAAUAACAGCCCCAAAAAAAAGAAAGACGUCUAAGGAAAAAGAAGGUAGGAAAUUACUCUGUGUAUGCAUAUAUGUGUAGAUGGAAGAUCACAAG